GCGCAGUUUGCUCACAGCUGGAGUUGAAGUAGCAGGUCAUGUGUGUGUAAGAGAGAGGAAACUGACAGACCCCGAAAGGAGCCGGACGUCGUGAUUGGCCCGGGGGGCUAUCUCCCCACUCUUCCCGCCCCUCCCUUUCCCUGGUUCCUAGAAUGGUUGAAAAGUAGAAGCAAUGAAGCUCUCUUCGGCUCGGUCUCCGUGGGAAGGGUCCGGGCGGGGAGUGGGGUCACUAAUCUCGAGGCAUCGUCGCCGCCUUCCCCCGGUCCCUCAAACUCCCCCCUCCUCUCUCCGAGGACGAAUCGAACGGGUGGGGGGGCCAGGACCUUGCAGGGCCCACUUCCCCGGAUGAUCGCCGGAGCAUUGUCCCGAAAAAAGUAAGGAGGAUCUUGGCAACCGGCGCUGGCGCGGGCGCAGUGCCGGGGCGCCCCCAGCGCUUCCCAUAGGGGACUGGAAGUCUCGGCUUGAUGGGGGUGAUCGUGGGAGCUAUGGCAGCUGCCGGUAAAAAAGCCAGCCCCGCGCGGUGGCCGAGUCGAAUUCUGGGCCUUGGAUAUCCAGACAGGAUACCUGCAAGGUGAAGCUGGGGUCACCACAGGAGCCCAUUAAGGCGGGGCGGACUCGGUACGGUACAAGUUUUAAAGGGGCCAUGCGGAUAAAUGGAGGAAAGUUGAUUCAAAGUGGUUGAAACAAGGAAUGGGUCUGAUGACUUCCUCGUGUCCCGUUUUUGAGGAACCUCCUUCUCUGUUGUCAGAAACCAAAGUAAACCUUAACAGCUUGAUUAUCCAAAGAAUGGUUGAUUUUCUCAGAUAUUGGCUUCGGUACAAUUUCACAGAUAACUAUUGGGAGCCUACUACAGAUGGGCUUUGUUCUAGCUUUGGAACACUAAGACAAGUAAAAUGCAACUUCUGCCCAGAGAAGCUCCCUGUGCAGAGGGGGAGGCUGGAGGGUCGAGGGAACCACAGAACGUUGUGGUUAGAGCUAUGAUGGUAGCACCAAUGGGUGCAGUGGGACUGAGAACCAGGAGAUGAGUCAGAGAAGGGUACAGAGAGGAAGUGUCUGCCCGCAUUCUUAAGCACUUAACUGCUGAGCCCCAAUAUAGAUGAUCACUUUUUCUUAGACUAGGCAUUUGUUUCUGAAGUCUACAUAGUUUUCUGUAAAGGUGCACCUAUAGGGAAGAUGUCUUCCAGGGUUGAACUUCGCUCUCCAGGGAAACUAGGAGAGGUGAAGCCAGAAGGGUUCCCUCCCCAAUCAAGGCACAGGUGCCCCACCUGUUGUGGUACAUAGAUACCUUUGUGUGUAGUUGGGCAGCUGAAUUCUAUGUGAGGAACUGUGUGUUGAGAUAACAAGGGACUGUUGAUGUUAGAAACCAUAUUUUGUACUAGUAAUUGCUCAGAAGAGAGAGCCUCUUCAAGUGGGAUUUUAGUUGCUAGGGUAUGUCAGGGGAUUGAGGAUUUAAAAGAUGCCAGCAAAUUCACAGAUCAGAAAAGACACAGAGUAAGAAAGGUCUGAAUUUGGAUACCAUGGAGUCAUCUUUAUAGAAAAUAUCUUUCAAUGUGUCCUUUAAAAUACACAACAUAUAUUUGAGCUGUCCUGACACCUGACAAAGGGUUUCUUGCUGGGGAAGCGUCCAUAGUUUUUGCUAAUACUGUUAAGUUACAUAACAUAAAUACUGUUACGAAUGAUGUCUGAUAGAUUAGGCUAAGUAGCUGUAAGAGGUAUAAACAAUAGACUAUUUAUUUUAAAUUCUCAACUAAAACAGUGCACCUUCACUGGUUGUUCUACUUAAUGUUUCCAGAACAUUUUUAUCACAUUUGUUGUGAUAAUGAUUAAACAUUUUUAAAACCCAUAAAUUCAGAGUUCUUUUUUUAGCCAAAAAUUUAAGAAGUUAAGGAUGGCAAAAAAUUCCAUUCAACCAGCUUUCCCAUCACUGUCAUAUUCUUUCAGGGGUAUAUUAUUUUUGUAGGUCUGUAUAUUCUAAAAUGCUGAACUCUAUUAAUUUUAUUUAACACAAACCUACAUAGUGCUGAUUAUGUGCCGAGCAGUGUUCUAAACACUUUACAAAGGUUCACGCUUUCUGUCCUCACAACAACCCUAUGCGCCAGAUACUAUCAUUAUCUCCAUUUUACAGAUUGAGAAUCUGGGGUGUAGAAAGAUUAAGUGUCUUGACCAUGGUCACAGGUCACAUAGCUAGACUAGUAAGUAGCAGAGCCAGGAUUUGAGCCCAGCCGAUUUAGCUCCCAUGCUUGUACUUCUAACCAUUACCUAUACCGUCCUCCCCCAGCCCCCCGCCCCCCAGGAUCUGUUUCAUUCACCGGAGUGUUUGGAGAAGGUGGCCUGCGUUUGUUAUGGAAUUGGCAACUGCCCUAUAAACUGUGUUGUUGUUAGCUCUCGUCAAGUCAGUUCUGACUCACGGUAACCCCAGGUCUGCAGAGUAGAACUGCUCCAUAGGGUUUUCAAGGCUAUGACCUUUCGGAAGCUGAUCAGACCUAUCUUACAAGGCAUCUCUGGGUAGGUUUGAACUGCCAACAGUUAACUGUUUGCACUACCCAAGGACUAUAGUAAGUGAGAAGUCUGUUUCAAGCAUAAACUCACAUCCUUAAAUUUUUUUUUCUAGAGGAACAUGGAAGGUGGUGCUGGUGGAAAGUUUCUCUGUCUAUUUCAGCCCAACCUUUUAGAUGAGAAAAAAAGUUAGAUACAGGCCUAGUAGAGCAUAACUCCAAGAAGCUGAUGAGAGCCCUCACCAGUGAAGGAGGCUGAAGGAUCUGAUACGGAGGGUGGAAAUAGGCAUGGCAUCCCAGCUUCCAACCAUGUGCCAUAUUCCCAGGAUAGAUCUAGAAACUUCAUAAAACCAGGAAGUGGUGUUUGCAUGCCUGAGAGGUCUAUAGUGUUCUCAUGGGCCUGAAGAAAUAAAAAGGAAACCCAAAACACAGCACCAGCCCAAAAGGAGUUUAGAAUCUAUAAUAGUUAUUGAACCCAGGCACUUGAACUAGUGCAUGAACAAGACAAUAAAAUAAAGUGCUCAAUUGAGACACAUGGUAAUUAGAAGAGAGGCCAGCCUAUAAUAAGGUGCUAAGUGUGCAGGCCAGGCAUCAAGUGCAAGAAGUGACGAGCUGCUGCUAGCCACUACCCACUAAAAGCCACUAGCAGGCAACAAUAACAAUACAGAGAUGGAGUGAAUCUGUCCCACCUAGUCUUGUUUAAUUAAAGCAAUAAAAGCCAGUUAUGGAAGAGCUUGGGGGCAGUGUGUCACUCCAUGGUGCUGAAGUUGCAGAGAGCUAGAAAAAAAAAAAAACCCAGAGUCUUUAAAAACCCAGCAGGGGAAUAUUUUGUUCCCAGUCUUAAACUGACAUGGCCAAGUUUUAGUCCAUUUUCUUUGCUUUUUCACCAUCAACCGAUCACCCCAGAAAAGAACAAAGUGAGCUACUAUUUUCCCUAUAGAUCUGUUUUCUUUAUAUACUUGAAUUUGUCCUGCCCCUAUCUUACCUUAAAAAAUACUUGUUAUAAAUAACCUGGCAGAGUCUGGCCAGCAGGUCUAUGUCACAGUUCUAGAAAUUGUAACUUGGGGACAUAGCGAUAGAAAAUUGAUAGAAAUACAUCGGGAAAGUUUAUUCUCACUUGGAGGAGGAGUCUUCACAUGUGUUUCAUUUUGAGGGCAUGGCAGGGUGCUUCCUAUGUCCCUGGUAAGGGUGUGUGUGAGAAAAGGGGGUCAUAUAUCCCGAUUACCAAUUCUGGAAGCAUUUAAACUCACAUACACACCCUGAUAGCCACAGAAGUUAACUGAGUCUCAAGGAAUAAUGGAGGAAUAUGAUGUCUGGAUAUUGACCUGCUGGGGAAAAAAGGAGACUAGUAUCUGCUUCCAGAUUAAAAUGGCCUAAGAAGAAAGACCGGGCAAUCUACUUCUGAAAAAUUAGCCAGUGAAAACCCUACGGAUCACAACAGUCCAAUUUGCAACCAAUCGUGGGGAUGGUGUAGGACAGGGCAGCAUUUCAUCCUGUUGUGCAUGGGGUCGCCAGGAGUCAGGGGCCAAUUCAGUGGCAGCUAACAACAACAACCUUUUUCUUCCUGAUUUUGCAUUUUAAAUCAUUUGCCUUCCUCUUCCAAAGCAGAUAUCCAGAGACAAAUGGCCAGGUAAUCCAUGGCCCUUGAUUGUAAAGGUGAGAAACCUAUAGUAGCAUGUCUCCCCAACUGUAAUCAUUCAUCCCAAUACAACUGAAAUGCCAGGAAAACAUCAUCUUUUCAUAGUCUCCUCCAAACUGUGGCCUUCCUGGUAUGUAGAGACUUGGUGAUUGAACUCUGGAUUUUCUGUGCUGAGACAUGAGUAUCUCCUGCUCAGGGCCAGUGGGGAUGGAACACCUUUGGGUGGGAUCGCUAUCUUACCCUAGGAAGGUGAGCCUAGUGGGGCAAGUCCCGUUCUGGUCAGGGUUCUGUUGCAAUAAGUUUUGGCUUUGGUAUGUAAAAAAUGUACACUUCUAACCAAGAAAUAAUCACAGAGAAUCUAGAAAGGCGGGUUGGUUAGGGAGAUAGCAAUGUAUGGUGGAAAUACUGGAUGUUUAAAGGUCUGAGCUUUGCUACUAGCUUGCUUUGUAGCCUUGAGCAAGUCACUUAACCUCUCUAAGCCUCAUUUUACUCUAAAAUGCAUAUUUUGUAAAACUCAGAAUAGAUCCUGGAUACACAAAUAUUUAAACAUUGAAAAGUAGUCACGCUCAACUUUGGAUUUUAAGACUUCUCUCAUUUACCACUUCAUAGUAUUUAAUGUAUUUUGAUAGUGCUUUUUCCACUCUGAAAGCAAAGGCAGUUGCUAGUGGGUUUCCUUUUGAAUAUUAGCAAAAACUAGGGAAAGGAAGUUAAGGCAAGCUUUUGGUAAAAUCCAAGAAAUUAACAAAGCAGGUGUUGAAUUUGCCCCUGAGAACAGAGGAGUCGUAGAAUCUCAGCUCUGGAAGGGACUUCAGCAAUCAGCUCAACCAUUCCUCUCAUUUUAUAGAUACUGAGGCGCAGGAAAGGUAAAAAUCUUUGCCCAAGAUCAAAAGACUAGCAGGUGGUAGAACUGGGAGUACAACUCUGGCUUCUUGACUCCAGCCCAGUCUUCAUUCUGGUUAGCAUUGGCCUCCCAUCUAUCUCCAAAGCCCCCAGCAGAUCCUGAGAGCCCUAGCCUGGUAGAUAGGGCCUGUGGACUUGUAGAGCACGUUUCAGCCUUAAUUCCGUAGUCCUAGUUUCCUCCCAAGGCUUGCAUUGCCACUUUUAGUGCCUGGGAUAAAUGGAGUUAGCAGAGACCUGAAAUCCAAAUGACUACCUUUUUGAAGCUUGGGUUCAGUUGCAGUAACUGGUUCUUUCUUUCCUUCCCUUAGCUAUUUCAGAUCCCUUUUGCUUUUAGUCCCUAAAAAAAACUCAAGCUCUUGCCUGAGUGAUGUCACAGUGGUUGUGUGUCUGUACAUGGCGUCAUGUGGGGCCAGGUGCCAUUCUCAGUACCCUCAGGUGGGAGCCUUUGCUGGUUGGUCCCUGCCUAGCAUGGGUGGGCUCUCAGAAAAAGCAGCGUCCUGGUGUUUGGCCCCGCAGGCAGUCCCAUAAAAAAUGUUCCCCAGCAGAAGCAGAAUUUAGGAACUAAAUCUUAGGGUGGUUCUCCCAGCUGAGGCUUCACAGCCCUCCUUGCUUCCUAAUUUAGGGCAGGAUGAUCCUUCUGAAUGUUGGGUGGUAUUCAGUCAGGGCCCCACCUUAGAGUCCAAGAUGCUUCUAAGUUCGGGCCUGUGGCCUGUGAAUGCCUCUGGCGGAAGGCUGCGUGUGGCCCACUGAUAGAGCUAUCUUUGCAUAACCGUGUGUAGAAAGGGGAAACUAAGUAACCCAGGGUUGCUGAAUGGAAAGAGCAACACUCUCCCCUUUUUUUCUAGUUAUUGGUCAGAAUUCAGUAGUUGCAGCAAGUGGUUAAAAGCUGGCUCUGGGGUGAGAGCAGGCUUGAGGGUGUAUCCUGUCUCCACUGGUUCUGGGAAAUACAAAUUCAGGCAAAAUUCUCCAUACCUCAUUUUCUUUAUCUCUAAAAGGGGGUGGGAAAGUGGAGGUUUAUACCCAUGAGAUAGAGUAGAUAUGAGAAUCAAACUGGAUUAGGCAUGCCUAGUUCUUAGCCCAGUCUGGCCGGUACUGGAUGUUCUAAAAGUCACGGCCCCACCCGAUAUUCAGCAUCUCCCGCCGUGGGGCAACAGCUCAAGCAAAAUACCCAUCUUGGAACCUUGUAAUAUUAUGUCACCUGAUGAUGACAGGGAGCCCUGGUGGCACAGUGGUUAAGACCCCCACAGCUAACCAAAAUGUUGGCAGUUCAAAUCCACCAGCUGCUCCUUGGAAACCCUAUGGGGCGUUUCUGCUCUGUUCUGUAGGGUUGCUGUGAGUCGCAGUCCACUCGACAGCAGCGGGUUUAAUGAUGACAGAGGCCAGAAGGCUGUUCAUUGUCACAUGAGGUCCACGCACUUGAUUACAGAGGUUUCACAUUCCGGGAGAGUAUUCUAUUGAGUGACAAGUUUUAAUUGGAUUGCUAGAUCAGUAAUUCAUUGUUGCCUUUAUAAAGAUUUUUCUGCUGGGUUGCAGGCUUCCUGCAAGGAGGAGUUAAUGCAGGGAGAUGGCAGCAGAGUAUCUAAUUAAACAGACUGCAGUAGGUACCAUCUGUCAGACCUAAAAAGCAAGCAAGCCACCUCUAAGCAUUUUUGGAAGAUGAGUUGACUCCUUGAGUUUCAUUUCUUUACCCAUCUGUAAAAUGGGUUGGGCCAGAGUUUGGAAGAGACAGCUAGUCUUCACAGUCGCUUUCCAAAAGGCUGCAUUUUUUAGGACCAAUGCACAUGAGGUAGCCCAGUGGAUGUCAAGCGCUAUUAAGGAGGCGGCAUUCAGAAGUAAAAUGGUUCAUAGAAGAGGAAUGCUCAAUUUAAAAAAAAAAAGAAUGGGGAUGUGGGCUCCCAGGAGGUAGUAGAAGGAAAAUCUGCUUAGAGUUCAUUUCUUGGGUUUUUUAAGUCACAGAGGUUAGAGAUCCAGUCCACCCUCCUCACUUUAGAGAUGAAGUGCUAAAGCUGAGUUGAAGUCACUUCUCCACGGGUCCCUAAAAUUUGUGUGGGAGCAGGGAACAGAAGUCACAUUUCCUGCUUGGUCAUUCCUCCCUUCCUCUCUUGCAAAAAAGGAAACCAUGUGCUGUGGUCAACAGUAUGGUCUGUGGCAGCAAGCAGAGCUGGUCUUGAAUCCUCCUGGUCAAACCGCUCCCUGGCUCCCUGUGACCCUGGGAAUAUCACCAAACCUCUGAGCCCCAGGCUUUCCAUCUACGAAAUGAAGAAUAAUAACUACUGUGUCAUGUUGUUGGACGCGUUAGAACAAGCCACUUUGUAUGCCAGUAUGGACAGAAUAACUUAUGAUGCUUAUCCCCACCCACCACUUCCGAGACAUUGAGCGGAAACCAGAAUACCUCCAGCCGGAAAAGUGUGUCCCACCUCCCCACCCUGGUCCUGUGGGAACCAUGUGGUUUAUCCGCGACGGCUGUGGCAUCGCCUGUGCCAUUGUCACCUGGUUUCUGGUCCUCUACGCGGAGUUCGUGGUCCUCUUUGUCAUGCUGAUUCCAUCCCGAGACUACGUCUACAGCAUCAUCAAUGGAAUUGUGUUCAACCUGCUGGCCUUCUUGGCCCUGGCCUCCCACUGCCGGGCCAUGCUGACGGACCCCGGGGCAGUGCCCAAAGGAAAUGCCACUAAAGAAUUCAUCGAGAGUUUACAGCUGAAGCCUGGGCAGGUGGUAUACAAGUGUCCCAAGUGCUGCAGCAUCAAGCCUGACCGGGCCCACCAUUGCAGCGUUUGUAAGCGGUGCAUUCGGAAGAUGGACCACCACUGUCCCUGGGUCAACAACUGUGUCGGCGAGAACAACCAGAAGUACUUCGUCCUGUUUACAAUGUACAUAGCUCUCAUUUCCUUGCACGCCCUCAUCAUGGUGGGAUUCCACUUCCUGCAUUGCUUCGAAGAAGAUUGGACAAAUCUCCUGCAAGCCUAUGGAAUGACCAGGGAAGAAACAACAGAGGCUCUACUCUCUCCUCAUGAAAAAGAGCGGGCCCUUAAAGUCAGAUCCUCAGAGUGCAGCUCCUUCUCUCCCCCCACCACGGUGAUCCUCCUCAUCCUGCUGUGCUUUGAGGGGCUGCUCUUUCUCAUAUUCACAUCAGUGAUGUUUGGGACCCAGGUGCACUCCAUCUGCACAGAUGAGACGGGCAUUGAGCGCCUAAAACGGAAGCAUCAGCCCAGGCAGCACACGGGCAGCUGGAAGACAGUCAAAGAGACCUUUGGCGGGAACUUUUCCCUGAACUGGUUCAACCCUUUCUCCAGACCAUGGCAGCCAGAGCCCCCCAACAACGGGGACUGGGUGCGGCAGGUGGCAUCACUGUCAGACGUUAACAACACCGAAACGACAGAGGAGCAGUCUGAGGAGACGAAGGAUGAGGAGGACUCUGUGCAGGUGGUAGAUGAGUAGCCACUGCUGUGGGGAGAAAACCAAACAGAAGACGGUCACAUCAACCUUCGUCCUGGGUUUUGGGUAAAGGGGCUCAUGGGUAUGACAUGCUCCCCCUGCACCUCCUGACACUCCUUUCAGGCCAUUCAUCUGGCAUUGCCAUCCCCUAUGACACCUCCUGCUCCCUCUCUGUUAGGCCAGGUCUGAGGGUGGGAUGGCAGAGGGAGAUGAGGGACUUUCUCUGAGUUCAUCUAAGAGUCUGCCCUGAGAGGGGUCGUCAGGAACCAUUUUCCAAGACUGGGAGGCCUUCUCACCCUUCAAAGCCUCUGCCCAGCAAAGGAAGCUCUGAGCAGGGCAACCCAGGGACAGAAAAGAACUUGCCUUUGACAUUCCUUUGGUUGCCUCCCUUCUCUUGGGAAGGUGAGGGCCCUGAAUCUGGCUUUUGAGAAUGAAGACCAUGAUGUCAGAAUAGAAGGACAGGGCAGAGGCUGGCCUUGGGGACCUGUCAUCAGGAAAGACCAGCCUGGAAAGGGCAUCCCCCUGCUGCUGAAUUAGUAGAAAGGAACGGCUACCAUAGCUGCCUCCAAGGGGAAGGUUUGGCUUGAGAGGGCCCCAAGGCUAGGCUACACACAUGUAUGGAACAUGCCCAGGUCAGAAAUGAGCCUGAAGUUAGGACAGUGGUCCUAAAACUUAGCACCCAUUUCAAAGACACCAGAAUCCUCACAGCUUAGAAUCAUUCUGCCUUGUGGCCAGGCAUGUGUCUCAUUCACAAAUCCAUCCACUCACAGGCCGGGGUGUGGGGAGUACCUAUUUAGAGCUACAUGCCCCACCCUCCCCCCGAGAACCUAAUUUGACUUCCCCUCCUGGAGGAAAUCUAACAGUCCACAUGGGCCCAGAGCUGACCAGAAACCCUGCCUGUGUGCUUUAGGACGGCCUUUCCAAGGUGGCAACCAUCUUGUUUUGCUGAAGGGAUGGAUGGUUGCCAAGGCCUACAGAUUGGUGAACCUGAAAACAGACACUGACACUCCACACACUACCAGGAUGAGCCUGGGUCCUGGGUCACCCCAUUUGAAGUCUGGAGUGUUUGUGGCCAUUAAUGAAGGUCUGAACUGGGAUUCUUGGGCUUAGACCCCAUCCCAGUUGUUGCCAAAGCAGCAUCUUCUGCACAAAGCCCAACAGAAGGGUAUGGGUCCCAAUUUGAUGUAAGAGCGGAAGGGUUCAUGUCCCAGUUUGGUGUAACAAAGCCUAAGCCUUUGUUCUUCUCUUUGGCCCUUUUCCCCAGUAUCACUGGCACCAAACUCUGUGGAGGGCUUAGGCACUGAGGCAGAGCUGCUGCUUUAGGGGCACCACAGAGCAUGAGUCCUGGCCUAAAGGGGCCUUCAGCCCCAAUUCAAUGGGGAAGAAGGUCAGAGUUUGGAGAUGCAGCCCUAGGACACUGAGAAAGGAGGGCCAGGUGAACAUGGGAGAACCAAGCAGCAAGCUAGUUCUCGGGCGGAAUUCUUGGGCAGAAGGCCUGCUGAUCCUGUCAGAGAGCACCUGUGGCUACAGCUGCUGACCCCCCAGGGUCUGGGGUUGAUUGCCCAGAGGGGUCAGUGUUCACAAAGCUACCUCUAUCCUAGCCUCUGCUCGGAGCUCACAUUAUGCCUACUAGGGGCCGUUGCCAGCCUCUGUUGUUGACAGAGCAACCAGAGAGGCAUGCCCAGGCUGCAGGCUUAUUUUCAUGGUCUCUAUCAGCUUUAAUAUUUAUUAAUCACAAUGUAAGGAGCACAAGUCAGCUCUAAAGCCAAUUAACUCGCAGUCUGGGCAGAGAGUGGACACUAAGUACUUUGGGAGAGAGCUGUUUUCACCUUAGGGGCCUCUAUUUGCUUUCCUCGACCAUCAGAAGGCAGCCCACUGCCAGUAUGGUGGGUUGUAUACCAAAGAGACUCCACACCGGCGAGGAACACAGUGCCAGCAUCUCGGGUCCAAGGAAACAGUGGUUAGAAUAAGAAAAGACAGUUCUCUGGUCACUCUGACCACAGUCAGCAGCAGCAGCAGUCUGUGCUGAGGUCAGCCCCUGAGGUCAGAGGUGUGUGCAAAACCACAUGGCCCUGAGAAGUGUCCUUGCACUUUGGGCUUGAAACUACCUUCUUCAGGGCCAACUCAGUCUGAAAGCAGAGGUAUCCACCAGCCUCAAGACUAAUUCUGUUUUCUGAGAUUGGUGGCUCUGGGAAGGAAGUUUGGGAGUGGGGGCAUUUUACCUGCACAAAGUCAGACCCCACCUUACCCUCCCUCAUCGCUGACCCCUCCCCACAAGGGAGCCUCAGCCACAUCAGUCCUCGUUCUGCGAGUGCUGGAUGGGGCCACCUCCAGGGUGACAGAAUUGCCCUGAUGUCAGACAAGAGGAGUCCUACUGGGAAAGAAGGCUGGGCACCAACCUUUGCCUCUUUCCUUGAGUAAAAAGCUCUCUGCUCCGCCUCAGUGGCUGGAGUCUCCAAAAUCCAAAAAGCCUGGACAGUGCCUUUCUUCUCAGAUCACCUCCAGGGGCACCUCUGGAAAAGCCAUGUUUCUUCCACCACCAGCGUGGGAAAUGAGCGAGGGUCACACACCGUGCUAGGCUUUAUUGCCUCUUGUGAUUGGGAUGCCGUGCUGGGGAGACUCACUCACUAAACUCUUCUCUCUGGGCCAUCUCCUGUGUGUUAUUUCAGCAGAGAGAUGUAACCACCUUUCAUCCAACAAGCGUUUAUUGAAUGCCUACUGUAUGCCAGGAGGGUGGGCAUUUAGGACAAGAGUGAGCCAGACUGCGUUUUUCUGCUUUUAGAGCAUGGCCUGACUGGCUGGCCUGAGGCGGGGAGCAUCUGAUCUAGGCGCUCCACCCCAGAAUGUCAUGCAAAUUGCAUGCAAAAUGGCCUUCAUUCAACCUAGAUAUGUGCCCCUCCCAGGGUGUGUGUCCAGUCAAGGGACAGUCCUUGAGAGAGGGGUUGAUCUUCCUGAACAGGGCCCAGAACAAAGAGGCCUGGCCCCUGGAGGGCUAGUCCCCUGGCCUGGGAAGUUCAAAGGAUCCACCAGCCCCCUAAGUGUCCACGUGACACCCAGCACUGGCAUCGGUAAGAAGCUUGUUCACAUUUAAAAUCAAACAAAAAAAGUGACUCAGGUGACCACACCAUCAUCUUGAAGCAAUCAGGGUUUAAUUAAAGGCAUACUGAUCGUUUGAGCACAUCUCAAGGGCAGAACAAGAGUUCAGAACUUGCUUAAGUUAACAGAGAAGGACUUUCUGUUGGCACAAGUUGGAGCCUCCUCCUGUGACGAUGGCCCACUGGUUGGGCCCCCUCCUCAAGGGAAGGGGAUCCUGCCCACACAGGUUUCUCCUGGGUCCACCUGGAGAAGCAUGAGCACCUUGCCUCCUACUCAGGCUUUCUCUGGCCAGCUCCAGGCAUCUGAGAAAGGGAGUACAGCCCCUUAGCCUCUUCCCUGGGUCUUGCGGGUUAGGUGAGCCUCUACUCUGGACAGCCUGCCUGUGCUGAGCGGGGAGCCUGAAGAGAGCCUGUAGCCAGGCCUCAGGGCUCUCUGGUGGUUUUCUGCUUAUGCCUGCAGACCACCCCUUGGGCCCUGUGGGGUCCUCUAGCACACAGGAGAUGAGAUGGUGGGCAAGGUGAGAGGCUUCAAGUGGGGCACCCCCUUGGGGUUGUCUUCUUUACCACAAAGGUCAGGAAGGGGCACCCUUGUUUUAAACCCAUCUUCUCUUCAGGCUGGCCAAAGUCAGGAUCCCUUCUGGCUGGCCCCACCCUCCAUGCCCUGAGGUGGAGGACCACAGGUGGGCCCAACGGCAGCUUUAUUCCUGGAGGAUGGUGGAUCACAGGUACAGGGUUACUCAGGGUGAAUUUACUUCCUGGCCAUGAGAGGGCUGAAAUGGAGGGGAGGAAACAACGGGCCCAGACAAUUCACAAAUUUAAGGUGGAGGAUGCCACAUCCAAGGUGAAGGAGGCUACAGUGCUUCUUUGGAGAAGGUUCUAGGGCUUCAUGAAGGGAACAGGCCUGGAGCAGGGCAUGUGCUCAGUAUCCCUGGGUGGGCAGGCAUGAGAGAACAGUGGGCACCCUCACCAGGAAGGUUGCGGCCAUUCCUCAUAUCCCCCCUUCCAUCUCUCCCUAAACUGGCUCCCUGGAAGGCUCAUGAUGUUAAUUCUUCAACACCAUCCCUCACAGGUCAGAGGGACCUGAGUCACCCCCUAUCACCAAGGGGCUGGAAGUCUUGAACCUAGCAGACUGUAAACUCCUAAUAAGCUACAGGAGCUCUGAAGGCACAUCCACCCUGGGGAAGAGCAUACAGCCAUAGAGUUGGGCCCAGGGCACCCACAGUUUCAAGCUGCCUAAAGUUGUAGAAGGUGGAAGAUAGACCUGUUAAAUGGCUCUUAGACUUCUCUGGUAUGUGUGCCACCCCACCAAGCCAACAGCAGAGGGAAAGCUACCAGCCCACCUGUUGCCCCUCAGACAGUUGUCAGUUGCCACUGAGUCAAUUCCAACUCAUGGCAAUGCCGUGUGUAUCAGAGUAGAACUUCUCUAUAGGGUUUUCAAUGGCUGAUGUUUUAGAAGUAGAUUGCCAGGGCGGACUUCUGAGACACCUCUGAAUGGGUUCAAACUGCCAACCUUUCAGCUAGUCAUCAAGCGCUUAACCAUUUGCGCCACCCAGGGACUCUUCCUCAGACUAAAAAAAAAAAAAACCAAAAACCCAUUGCCGUCGAGUCAAUUCCCAUUCA